AUGGUGAAACGAAAGGCGGAGAAGCAGCAAGCCGCUGCUCCCCUCAGCGCGGUGGCAGCCCGCAAGGCUCGACAGCAACAGGCUCAAGCUCAGGCCCUGGCCGCAGAGAAACCCUCCCAGGUCGAUUCGAUUCCAGAACCUCCGUCUAAGAAGCCGCGACAUGAACCGGAGAGUCAGGAGCAGGAGACUCCCGCCAAAUCGCCCCGCAAUGACAACCCCCCGCUGCGACGAUCGUCGAGACGCAGCGAUGCCAUAGACCGUCGCGAGAGCGUCGAGAGGAAAGAGACGAAGAAGGUCGAGGUCGCGCAGGAGUCGCUCGACCGUCAGAUUCAAAAGGAGAUUGAGGAUCAGGUCCCGUCGGACUCGGAUAUGAGUGAACCGGAAGCAGUCGAAGAAGACACCAGGAUGGACCCCAUCGCUGCUCCAGACGAAGAAUCGGAGGAAGAGGCUGGUUAUGAAUCGCCGGCGGAGUUCCCCGUGCAGGUCCAGGAGUUCCCGCUCUCCAAAACGCGCCUGAACAAGUCCAACGUCGUGUACAGUGACGAGGAGACGCUGUGCGUGCGCAUCAAGGAGAAGAUGAGUCUGGUCUUGGUGGGACAGUACGAUCUCUGGGUCAAGCGCGGUCUCGUCAGUCUGAUGGGCGCAAAGCUGCACCCCUCACCCCAGGUCUACCGAGUCUACGCCCCCUCGACCCAUUCGCUCCCCGUCAUCAAAUGCGUCGCCGGAGUGGACGGGGUCGCCGAAGUCGAGAUCAAGUCCUGCAGCACGGGCAUCACGCGCCUGGGGGAUCUCUCGCCCCUGUACCAGUGCGUCUGGAACGGCAAGAAGACGCCGGCGGACAAAUUCACGCUGAAACAGGCCCCGUCGUCGUGCCGAAGAUCAUUCUCCGUGUUGAAUACAUCCGCGGACGAUUCCCUCAAGCGCCAUCUGCGGCCGCUACAUCUCGAGAAGCAGUGGAGCGCCGCCAUCAAAUCCCUCUCCCAGCGCGGCGGGCGACUCCGCACUCUCGUCUGCGGCCCCAAAGGAUCGGGGAAAUCGACCUUUAGCCGCUACCUCCUCAACCACCUCCUCAGCCCCGCGCCCCAGACCGAGACCAACUACUGCAACACGGACGGUGUCGCCUUCCUCGACCUGGACCCUGGGCAGCCCGAGUUCUCACCCAUGGGACAGGUCUCGCUGACGCACGUCCGUGCCCCGGUUUUCGGACCGCCCUUCACCCACCCCUCCCUGGACGGCUCGCGCCAGGGCACCAUCGUCCGCGCGCAUCAUAUCGGGGCCACCUCCCCCCGGGAAGACCCCGAUCACUACAUGCUUUCCGCCGUCGACCUGAUGGACCGUUACCACGCCCUCCUCGCCAGCUACCCCCAAUGCCCGCUGAUCAUCAACUACCCAGGCUGGAUCUUCGGCCUCGGCCUCGAGGUCGCGACCUGGCUGAUCCGCACGCUGGGUCUCUCCGACGUCGUCUACAUGAGCGAAAAGGGCCCCGGCGAAGUCGUCGAGCCUCUCGCGCAAGCCGCCCACCACGCCGCCAUCCGCCUCACCACGCUCCCCUCCCAGCCCACCGACUUCGUCAGCCGAUCCAGCGCCCAACUCCGCGCCAUGCAAAUGCAGUCCUAUUUCCACAUGGACCGCCCCGACCCGCUCGCCACCCCUCUCUGGUCCGCGACGCCCCUCGCCCGCACGCGCCCCUUCCGCGUCCGCUACGCCGGCCCCACCCCAGGCAUCCGCGGCAUCAUGGUCCUAGGCUCCGCAAUCCAGCCAGACAUCCUCCACGAGGUCCUCGACGGAUCCAUCGUCUCGAUCGUGGCCCUCGAAUCUCCUACCCCGAUCCUAGGACAUUCCUCCUCCACAUCCUCCUCCGACCCCGACUCCGAAUCCCCCGCCACCCCGCUCGACACCCUCAUCACACGCGCCCCCACAACCAACCUCCCCUACCUCUUCUCCGGCUCCGGCAGCACCAACCCGCCGGACCCAAAAACCACCCGCAGCCUAGGCCUAGCCCUCAUCCGCUCCAUCAAUCCCAACACGCAGCACCUCGAGCUCAUCACCCCCAUCCCACCCCGCCAGAUCCAAGCUGCCCUUACCGACGGUGAAAGUCACGGUAUAAUCCUCGUGCGCGGCACCCUGGAUAACCCCAACUGGGCCCUCAGCGAAGAGUACCACUCCGCACGGGCGGCCCAAAAGCGCCAUCGUGACCAGACCAGCGACAAUCAGGCAUCCAAACCAAGCAGCCAAGAACAAGAGAAGGAAGACCAAACAUCAGCCCUCUUGAACCACCGCAUCCGUCAAGCCAGCAACGUCCCCUGGAUGAAGGUCAUCGAGGACCACAGUCGCUGGCGGAGGGAGCAGCAGCAGCGGGGGUCUGCGCAUUUGUGGAAGUUGAAGAAGAAGGCUUACCCGGGGAGUGAGAGUGAGGGGGAGUGGUAG